AUGCGAAAUCACACCGAAAUUCGUUUCUCGGACAUCACCGGUAACGGUGAGGAAGAAGAAGAAGAGCAGGAUGAUGAGUUGCAGCAAGCUUUGAGACAUUCACGGAAAGAGUAUGAGUUUAGGCAAAGGGCUGGUCCAAGGUAUGAGAGGGGUGGUGGUUCUGGAUCAGGCCAGGCACGGGAUCCAGGUGGUGGCUCUAGACCAAUUGGGAGGAUGUUUUCUAGGAGUCGGUCACAUAUCCCCGAGCAGGCAAGGGACUAUAACCUUGCUACUGCUUUCGGACCGAGGCAGCAGAGGAUUGAUACGGGGCCUUGGACGUCUAAGGGGAGGACUGCGAGAGAGUUGCUGGGUAGGGCGUGGUCAAAGGCUUGCCACUCCGUUGGUAUUCCUGGACGGAAGGUAGAUGACCCUUACUUUAGGGCGGCCAUCAUAGAGACACAGAAACAAGGUACUGGGGUCACGAUCCCAACUGGGAGGGACAUUGAUGGAAAAUAUCUUUCAGAGAACGUGGAGGAGAUAAAGAAGGAGAUCAACAAGUGGAAGCAAGAGUUCCCUGAGUAUGGUGCCACUAUCAUAUGUGAUUCAUGGACCGGUAUUUCUCGCAAUAGCGUAAUCAACUUCUUGGUAUAUUGCAAUGGAAUGAUGUACUUCUGGAAGUCUAUUGAUGUAACUGGAAAAAUACAAGAUCAUCAGCUCAUACUUAAGGAGAUAACAAUUGUUCUGAACGAUAUAGGGCCAGAAGAUGUGAUUCAGAUAGUCACUGAUAAUGGCAACAACUUUAAGAAGGCUUGCAAGCUGUUGGCAGAGGAGUACUCUCACAUUGUGUGGCAGCCAUGCCUUGCCCACACGAUCAACCUCAUUCUCAAAGAUAUUGGAAAGUGGGAUGAUCACAAGGCCAUGAUUCAGAGUGCCGAAUAUAUUUGUCAAUGGUUAUACAAUUCUAAUAGUGUGCACUCCAUGUUUAAGAGUGCCACUGGUGGGGAGCUAGUUAAAUGGAAUGCAACAAGAUUUGGCACUAACUAUAUGUUUCUGGAGAGUUUUAUGAAGAAGAAAGAUCAAUUUAUGUAUGCUAUUAAUGAUGUGGAGCCUCUCUAUUCUUUUUUGCGAUUUGCUGAUCAAGACAAGACUCCAACUUUGGGUGAAGUUCUUAUGGAGUACGGCAGCCUCAAGCGUACAUAUCAUACCCGGUUCCAUUCAGAUAUGGCAAGGUGUGACAGGAUCAUGGAAAUUGUUGACAGAAGGUUGGCUAGUGUGUUCGAAGAAAAUGUCUUUGGAGACCUUCGGAAAGGGCUGGAGAAACUUUUUGACAUCGACAGAGCAGCACGUGCACUACAAGAAAACACCACAUCUUCAGAUAGCAGCUAA